AUGAGCCAAGUAUCAAAAUUAGGGUAUUUAGAAGUGGACGAAGAGACUUUAAAUAAAUAUGAAAAAGAAGAAAAACUUGAUAUAAAACAGGAAUUACUUGUGGAAUCUCAAUAUAUAUAUUUUAAUUCAACAAAUGAAGGAGAUAUACUUAUAUAUAAUAAACUAAGUAAUGUAUUAUUCAGAUUAAAUUCUAAUGAAAUUUUUGAAUAUCAAUUACCAAAAUUAUAUGAGACAGAAUUUUCUUGUAAACCAUUAUAUCUAAUUAUGUAUAUUAAUACUAAAGAAGAAACUAAUAAUUAUAUAAUCUUUUUAGCUUAUAUUCAACAAGAUGAUAUUAAUAGUCAAAAAUUAUUAGUUUUCAGAGAAAUUAAUGUAGAGAAAGAUGAAGAUAAUGGUAAUCAUUAUAAAUGGAAUGAGAUUGAUUAUAUUGAAACUAAAAUUCAUAUUGAAAAUAACCAAAUUUUAAGAGGAAUUAUUUGGUGGGAGGAUUCACCUAAUGAUGAAGAAUUUAAAGAUCAAUAUCGAGUAUUAAAUAGUAAUCAACAAAAAAAUUCUUUUAAUGGGGAAUGUUAUCCUUCAAUUUUGAUGAUUACAAACCAUAAAUUAAUACUUUUCUCUUUAAAAGAACAUGGGAUUCAUCCAAUAUGGCAAAUUAAUGAGAAUAAUCUUCAACUUUGGUAUAAUAUGGAAUUUCAGUGUUUAUUACUUCAAACUGGUACUAAUAUACUUACUCCUUUUAUUAAUAUUGGAAUGAAUCCUAAACAAAAACCAAUUAAACUUCAACCUCUGGAAUUAAUUUUAAAUUCGGAAAUCAGACAACAAGAUAUAUUUCUUUUGAAUGUUUAUCAAAAUCUUUAUUGUGUUCAUAUUGAUUAUAGUAAUAAAAGAAUUUCACUUAGAGAUUUAUUUAAUCAAGAUUCUUCUGAUCUUGUUUUGGAUAUUGGAGACACUUUUCAAGAAUUUACUUUAAUGGUAAUUGAUAAUAUAAUUGUUGUAGUUAAUCUUCAUGGAAAGAAAAUAUUUGGACUUUUUGAUAUUAAACUUGUUAAGGAUAAUAAUAACUCUUCAAAAAAAAAUAAAUUAAAUUCUUCCCAAAAUCAAUCUGAAAAUGGUAAUAGUAGUAAUUUAUGUCAUUAUUAUAUUGUACCAACAUUAUUUAGUGAUGAGUUUAAUGAUAAUACAAUAAUAUGUUUAUAUGAAAAUAAUAAGAAUGAAAUAUACAUGAAAUCUUUGAAAAAGAUUAAAAGUUACCAUUUGAAUAAUUAUUAUAUAAUUCUUAUAAACUCAUCUUGUAAUUUAGUAAUUAAAUUAGACCUUAAUAAAAUCCAAUACUCAAGACUGGGUCUUUGUAGUAAAUUAUUAAUUGAUAACAUAAUUAUUACCAAAAAUAAUAUCAAUACUGGUGUUAGUAAUGAUAAAAAUAAUGGUUAUGAUGAUAUAGUUAACAUUGAAAAGAUGGAUAUCUUACCUUUUAUUUCGAAUAGAAGUCUUUCAUGGGAUAAUGUCCUUUUAGAAAAAAUAAAAUUACUUUUCAAUAAAGAAAAGGAACAUAUAAUGAAUAAAGAAAAUGACCAUAAUAAUUAUACCAUUACUUAUCCAAAAAUCUUAACAUUAUUGAUGGAAAUAAUAAAAGUUAAAAUUGAUUUGAAAAUUAAGAUUAGUCAAGAAUAUUAUAGUAUUCUUCUUGAGAUAAUUUUACUUAUUAAGAGAGAAUCCCUUUUACAAUAUGUACUUCAAUAUCAUAUAAUUGAAGAUUCAAAUAAGAUAUUAAAAGAACUUUAUAAUAUGUACUUGUUCAAUAAAGAUGAAGAGAAAUUACCAAAUGAAACAAAUAGAGGUCAUGUUAGAUUUAACAGCAAAGUAUUGGAUGAGCAUGAUAAUAAUAAUGUCCAUCAUCAUUGUAAUUAUACUUCUAAAUACUUCAAAAUAAAGAAUAUAUCUUGGUUAGAACAAAUUUGCUUAGAUACUGCUUAUAGAAUGAAUAAUAUUAAGAUCUUGGUUGAUAUUCUUAUUUACAGAAAAGAAUACAGAAGGGCCAUUAAAAUAUUAAGGGAAAAAUGUGAACAGAAAGUUAUUGUUAAUAUCAAUAAUAAAGAAAUAUCCAUAAAGAAGAUAAUUUUAACAUUAUCAAAAAAUAAUCAAGCUUGCAAAUAUCCAAUUUAUAAUAUAUUAUAUACAUUAGGAAAUGAUAUUGAAUAUCAAAAAAAUGACCAAAGUCUUCUUGGAGAUAUUAUUAAAGAAAUCCAAAAUUGGAUAAACGAAUAUUUUGAUCAAGUAAAUAAAAUUAAUGAAGUCAUUUUAAAUAAUAGAACAGAUUCCAAUAGUAUUGAAAAAUACAAUUUUUCUAUUGUUGGAAAACCCAAAAUAGAUAAAUGUAAUAUUUGGCUUCCAGAACUGAUUAAUUUAAAAGAUUUGAAUGAAAAUGAUGAUGAAAAUACAACAAUUUCUGAUUGUGAAGUUGAAAAGAAUAACUCAAAUAAUAAUGCCAAUUAUUCAACGUUUGAAUCAAUAUAUAUAUCAGCAACUGAAUCAAAUGAAGCAUUUAUCAUUGCUGAUAAUGAUGAAAAACAAAACAAUAGUAGCUGUAAUGAAGAUACAUUGAAAAGUAUUUCUGAUAGUGAUUUUAUAAAUAAUAAUAAUAAUGGAAAAUCACCACUUUUACAUCAUGAACCAGGAUUUCUAUCACUUUCUAGUAUAUAUAUCAAAAAUUCAUCUGACUCUUCAUCUUACACUUCUGAUUCGUCUUCUAGCUUUAAUAGUUAUGAAUAA